AUGCCAAAAAUUACAAAUUUUUUCACGCCCAGAACGAGCAGUGGUGGUGGGAAGCGCUCAAAUGCGAGUUCAAACAGCGACAACAACAACGACAACAAAAAAGAUGAAGACGAACCGCCACCUAAACGGAGUCUGAAGUCAACUUCUUCUGAGGCAAUUGGAGCGAGGUGUGCUUCUUCAAAAAAAUCUUCGGUCAGUUCUGAGGAUGUAGAGAGUAUAAUCAACGAUCUUUUUACGGAAGAUCAAAAGAAAGUAUUGCACCACUACCACCGCUGCCGGGAAAGAAAUUGUUCUGGCCUUCGAACAGACGAAAAACAAAGGCUGUCAAGCAAGAAAGACAAGUUCCAACACGAGUGGCUCUUCGAAGCAAACGUAUUUUGUGAAAAGACAGGUUUGA